AUGAACCCAGUUGUAUCAUCCUCAUCAAAACAAUAUUCUGUCCAGCCACAUACUCUCCCUUCUGCUAGACUCUUAGACCCACCAUCACUGCCCAUAACCGCUACAACCCUCCCUCCUUCCACAAUUGAGUGUGUUGACACUUUACCUACCUCUAUAGAUGGCUCCUUACCCAACUCCACCUCACUGCCAAACCCUUCACCAUACUCCCUCUCUAAUCCUCUUGACACUCAUAAUCAAGUGGCCAACCCAACUAAAACUGAUCCAAUGAUCACUCGGACUCAAGAUG